AAGCAAUUUUACAGCAGAAAUGCAGACCUGUAAUGCUUCCUGAACAUCCAGCUUGGGAAUUUUAGGGAUUUUUUUUUGUUUAUUUUUUGAAUGCAUGUUAAAUGUUGCAAAUCUGUUUGAUUCUUCACUCGUGUGAUGCGCUGCUGUCAGUCCAUAAUGUCUUGUGUGGUGUGUGUGUUGAUGUGCAGAUGAGCUCUGUAUGCUGCAGAGACUUAUUUAGGCUUAACGAGAUUUAAACUCGGGUUGGUGUCUCAGGUGUACACACCUCUGCAAACCCUGGGGCUCCACUGAAGCUUUUGCAGGAGCAGCUGAGUUUGGAAACAGGUACAUUUUGGCAGGAGGGAUUUUUAUGAUCGACAUGUGGAUUUUUAUCCAGUUGAGUUCAAAAUGAUCCUGUACUGAGGUCACCAGAAGUGGGGAAGCUGAGCAGAGAAGUCCAAGUGCGGAUGCAUUGUGUGUGGGUGGAUAUUUCUGUUAGUUUAGGGGGAAACCUGGGUCCUGUUGAAGCAAGGGGCAUUAAAAAAUGGUUAGCUUUAAAUAUUUGGAGCUACAAUUAAAUGAGUGUGAAAGCCCAGAGAGCAUGUUAUAGUUUAAGCUUUUCUCUUUCAUAUAGCUGCCUAUUUUUGAAAUGAAAUGGGAGGAAUGUUGGUGGUUCCUCUUACUGCUCCCUGCACACACGUCCUUCUGCACCACUGCCCUCUGUGUUACUGGGACAUGGGAACACGUGUAGUUCUGGAUACAGAACAAACAACGAAACGUAGGGGCAGAUUUCAACCUUUGCAUGUUUAUCGCUGUUGUGGAAGACAAUCUCCAUUUUGCAAUGUACAAGUUUGAUGGCAUAGAGGGAUAUUUGACUGACUUGAUGACAAUUUCCUGAUUAUUUUUUCCACCAGAAAUGUUGUAGUGUAAAUUCUGUCAAGCUUUUGGACAGGCAGCGAGGGGAUGGCUUGCCACGCCACCCACACCCGUGUCUUGUGGCAUUGGCAAACUGGCUGCUGGGGCUCCCAGCAACAGAGCUGGGAUUGUGUCUGGGACUGAGGGUCCUGCAGCGUGUUCGAGAUGGUUUCAGCUGAAGGCCGAGAGAGACCUGGACGACACCUUUUAAGCAAAAGGGAUCUGGUGAGUUCUUAAAGAGUUGCUUGGGGAGGCAGAAUUGAAUUACCUGACAGAAUGUCAAAGAGGUGAGUAUGGAAAGCUUUAUUAGUUAUUAACAUUUCUGGUGUAUUUAUGUGGGAAUGCUUCUUAGUACGUCUCAGUUGAAAAUUCAUCCAAAAGCAGGUGGCAGAGCAAGGCACCUUUCCUGACACUUGCAGACAUUCUUACUUGGGCCAGGGUUGCCCCACAUACAGUCCUGUAGGAUAAACGCUCUUCCUGCAUUUUUCUUGCUGGCACUCGGCCCCUGUCCCCAGGUUACUCCUCGCAUCAAACCACCUCAUGUACCAAGAGGCUGGCGGGGCUGUACCUGUCCUGGGGCAACUGCUGACCUGAGCAGGAGAGGGGACAGUGUCUGCUCGGGUCUGUUCAGAAGGGCGAAGGCCAGUUCCCCGCUGGAAUUCCCUCUCCCUCCACCUUUCACACAGGGACGGGUGUCCUUUGGCGUUCCCCUCUUACCGCUGCCAUUUGCAGGACCUUAUUCUCCUGCCUGUUGCCCAUCCCCUCAGUUGGUGUGACUCCAGCCUCUGGUGCCUUCUAAGCUAAGCAGAAACUGAAUUAUUUCAUACUGUGGAAAGCCAAGAUGGUCCUUCUGUGAUGCACAGACAGAGGAAAUAAACCACAGGGACUAACCCUGGAAAGGUGACGCCCAGCCCUGGUUCAGACAAGAGAGGUUGUGGGUGUAAUGAAAGGUGCCACAGACAGUUGGAAUUCAAUUGUUGAUUGUCCUGUGAUUUCUUCUUGCUCCAGUGCAGGUUGUGAACGCUGCAGCCCAUCCAUCUUGCUGCAUUCCCAAGAGUAGCAGGUUCCAGCUCUGCACCUAGGCCUGGCUUUGGCAAACCUGGCUCCCCUCUGCACAACCUUAAGGGCUUUGCCGCAUUGAGGUAGGUGCUGAUGCACAUACUGGUGCUUUGCUGAAUCAGGCACCCCUGUGGUUUUCCAGAUGUCACUGUUUUCUCUCCACCCCACGCUUGUUCUGCUGGAGAGAACAACCUGGUUCUGCUCCCUUGGGUUUCUGACCAGCAGACCUGCCGCUGCUGGAGCAGAGUUCAUAACCCUUUGUACCUUUGUGCUCCUGCUUUACUACUGUGCAGGCUUAGCCUUGGUUUUCUAAAUAUUUUAUCUGCCAGAGGGGCUUUUUGGGGUGUCACUAAAUUCUUACAUUGUGUUUCGAGCAGCCUGCUCAAAGGUGAUAUCACUGAGUGCUCCCUUUACAACAGGGAGUAGUGCUUGUUCUUACAGCGUGAUGCUCUCAGGGGCACAGCAGAGCUCCCUCCGUGUUCCUCGUGCGCAAAAGGCUUCUCUCGCCUCACACAGGUCGCACUGGAAAUCGCGGCAGUGUGCAGCAACCUCUGAACAAGCUUGUGUUUGUAGUUCACCAGGCGUGGUUUGCAGCAGAGCUGUGGACAUUCAUCUGAGCUGAAUUUAUUGUUAGUAUAAACUGAUAAAUCUUCUCCAAGUCAGUGGAGCUCUGGCCCUUGAUACAAGACAAAGGUACAGAUGAAUACUGCAGAUUAAAUUUAGGAUAAUUCCAUCUGCUUUUUCCUACUCCAGGACUAAUCCUCAGCAAUAAAGAUCCUCCAGGUAGAUGAGAUGCACCCUUAGGGAGGCUCACUGGUUUGAGUCCCAUCCAGCUCAUGCUUGUGUUGCUAGAGACGACUCAAGGAAAGAGUGAAAAGGAGUUUGCCCUGGGAGCGUGUGGUGGUCAGUCCCGGUACGGUACAGCAGUGUUGUGCUGAGCCUCCAGGUCCUUUUUCCAUGGUUUGCACAGCUCAUCGGUAGCAAAACAUCCACGAGUGCUGCACUACCAGUGUAGCAGCUCUUAAAGCUUCACAGUCUGCAUGUCCUUUGAUGAUCGAGGUCCAAGUUUCUGUCCUGUUCCUGACUGGAUCUGAAGUUGGGAGGGCUGGAAAUGGUGUCUGGAGGAGGGUGGGAGAUACUCCCUUUGGCCCCAUCGUGGCAGGCUGCCGGCAGUCGCCCAGAUAACCAUCUGUGUUCUCUCCCCAGGCUUCCUUCCCUGCAGUGCCAAGACACUGAGUCCUGCUGGGCAGCGCGGGUUUGCUGAGCCCCCGUGUCAUUCCUGUGGCCUGUGUCACCCAGGGCAGGAGGUUCCAUCUUCCACAGGAUGGAAAUGGGACAAUUAAACCUUCACGUAAGGCCUGUUGGAAUAUAGUGCUCUGGCAAACUUAAAAAAAGCCGUAUGUAAAGCAUUGAUUGAACCACUCUCAGCUUAACUCGAGGCAGGUGUAUUUGGUGUAUUUAACAGACAAAAUGAAGCGGGGGAUGAGCUGGAAGUGAGGGAAGUCCUGCAGAAGCACCUCGGCACCUCUUCACCGUGUGAGCGGAGGGGUUGGAGGGACGUGCCCCAAAGCUCUCCUGGCAGCUCCCAGCGCCGGACGGCCCCGGUAUUGGUGCUGCAGCUGGUGUUGUGAAUCAGGCCGACGACAAGCGCAUCCUACUAUCCGGCUAUUUCACUACACCAGGGUUGCAUCAUACCACUCACUUCGCUCUUCACCAGCAUCUGGACUCUUCGUGGCUCUCCCCGAGCAUCUCUGACCGCACUGUUGAAGAGAGACGCCCCUCCCCUGUAUAAGAACCUCUGUGAUUUGUGGUGGUUUGGGCAGGUUAGCAUUUUUUAAUGAAGUAAUGAGGUUCUAAAAUAAAACCGUUUCUGCUGGGCCUGAGUCUGCUGCUGCUUCUGUUGGUUUGGGAGUGGAAACUGCUCAGCUCUGUGUGGGAGUGUUGCAGGAGUUGUUGGAGUGAAGAUUUUUCCUCGACCCCAUCUCACCAUUCUCCCUGUUCACAAAGCCUGGUGUAGGAAACAAUUAUUUUGCAAAUAUAAAAGGCUCAGGCAGGAUCUCUCAGCAAAGUAACUUUUUUUUUUUAAUAAUAAUGAUAUUGCAACACCGGGUGUUCUACCUAAAGGUCGGCACACAUAAUAGGGCAAAAAGCCCCUGCUUAUAUUGCCCCAAAAUCCUGGCCACAAUUUCCUUCCCUUGUUCAACAUUGGCUGGAUACUUCAGGGUUUACAGACUACCCCAUCACCUGCCUCAGUUUACAUACAAUACCCUUCCCCCUAAAUUAACUUGUAAAUACAGGUAUCAGUAUGUGUACAGGUAUCAGUAUAUAUUCCGGGAAGAGACUGUGUUUUACAUUAAGGAUUCAUAGUCUGAUGUCUCUCGGUCCUUCCACCUGAAUUAACUUGUAAAUACAGGUAUCAGUAUGUGUACAGGUAUCAGUAUAUAUUCUGGGAAAAGACUGUGUUUUACAUUAAAGAUUCAGAGUCCGAUGUCUCUCGGUCCUUCCCCCCUGCUGGGGCCAGGCGCCAGGUCCUCAGUUACGUAAAAACAACAGUUGUUUGUUAAAGGUUGCUUACACCGGUGUCAGGAAGGGCAGCGGCGCCGCCUGUGCGGUGUGUUGGCACCGCGCUGCCCGGGCGCUGGGAGCGCCGAGCCCCGCGGAUGCGGGCAGGGCUGCCUGCUGUCAGCCUCCCGGGGGAGCAGGUGUGCGCUGGCCUGUGUGCAGCUUGUGCGACUGAGGACAGUGUCUGUCGGUGCGCAAACACAACGGGGCUGGAGCAAGUCCUCGAAAACCCGGUUAAAAUCUGCAUGAAUGCAAAAGACAGCCAGAGGCAGCAGGGCAGGCAGCCCCAAUUUUCCAUUAACUUGCAAAGCAGACUGGGCCCGCAAAUUUUAUUGCCUGCCUUAUUUGCUGUCUUCGCCGAUCUUAUCUGUAACUGCUUUUAAGGGCACAUGUGACACGGGGCUGCAGAGGUAUAAAAGAUGCCUGUCCCUCCCCCAUCCUCACCUGCCCAUACCGUAUGGUGAAUGCUGAGCAGUCUCAGCUCCUGUUUUGUGUGGUGUGGGGAAGGGAUUAAGUGGCUGAUGGGGUUUGGGGGAGUUUUGAACCCUGAGCGUUCAGUUUGGGAGGGGACGGGGGACUCUGGGGCCAGGGGUGUCUCUGCUGCCAGCCCCAGCCAUGGGCAGUCACAGAGGGGCAGUGUCUGCUGCUUCUCCAUCCCCUUCCCAGCCCCUCAGCACCAGAUCCUGGGCAGGGACAUCCCUCCCAUCCCUCAGUGUCACACUGUCCCCUCUCUCCUGGUUUCACUGUGAGAAAAGGCGUCUGUUUUCCUUCCUGCCUCCAGCACAGCUCAGUGCCACAGACAGCAACUCGGAGGCCGGCCGAGAUGAUUUACGGGAUCUGCCGGGUCUGGGGCAGUAUCCCAGGGAAGGGCGAGUGUGUGUGGGAGUUUGCUGCCAUUUCCCAUCAUAAAUCCCGGUGGGAACUGAACGUUCCCUGGUCAGGGCCGGAGGCAAACUCGGCACUGCAUUUCUCUGCCGAUCUGUCCUUGGGACUUAAUCUCAAAUCCGUUAUCGCCACCUCCAUCUAACACUGUGAGUCAGCGAUACUGAUUAUAGCGGUUUUGAUAUCCCUUCUGGCUAUUUUUUUCCCCCUGACCAGCUCGGGGUGGUUCAAGCCAAGUCUUUUCCCCGUUAGCAGUGGUGGUGGGUGGGUGCCGGUCGCCUCGCUCCGCUUUUGCUGGGUAUAAAGCCAGCGAGCCCCUCUCCACCCCAUCCGUCACCCGGCAGGCACUGCCAGCGGGGACCCGCGCAGGGGCCAUGGCCGAGCUGCCUGUCCCAGAGCUGCCCAUCACCCUGUCCCGCUGCAGCGGCCGCUUCACCAUCAGCACCCUCGUGGGCACGGAGGAGGGCAGCCGGGGUCCCUACGCGCCCGCCGAGGGGGCCGGCUGUGACAGCGCCCACCCCACCCACCUCUCCGGCAGCACCUUCUGCACCAGGACCUUCGGCUAUAACACGGUGGACGUGGUGCCCGCCUACGAGCACUAUGCCAACAGCAAGGGGGUGGGCGAUGGCAGGAAGGGCAGGCCCUCACUGGCGGACCUGCACUCCAUCCUCAAGCCCGACCCGGGCCGCCUCCACGUGCCGGUGUCCGACCCACAGCGCAGCAAUGGCCUGAUGGAGGCCGGGCUGGAGGAGCCGACGGGGGAGCCGGGCAAAGCCCCCGCGCCAGAGCCCGUCCGCUUCGGGUGGGUGAAGGGUGUGAUGAUCCGCUGCAUGCUGAACAUCUGGGGAGUCAUCCUCUACUUGCGCUUGCCCUGGAUCACUGCCCAGGCUGGAAUUGCCCUGACAUGGCUCAUCAUCCUGAUGUCCGUGACGGUGACCACCAUCACCGGCUUGUCCAUCUCCGCCAUAUCCACCAACGGCAAAGUCAAGUCAGGGGGCACCUACUUCCUCAUCUCGCGGAGUCUUGGGCCGGAGCUGGGCGGCUCCAUCGGGCUGAUCUUUGCCUUUGCCAAUGCAGUGGCCGUGGCCAUGCACACGGUGGGCUUCGCCGAAACUGUCCGGGACCUGCUGCAGGAGCACAACUCCCUCAUCGUGGACCCCACCAACGACAUCCGCAUCAUCGGGGUUGUCACCGUGACGGUGCUGCUGGGCAUCUCCCUGGCCGGCAUGGAGUGGGAGGCCAAGGCACAGAUACUGUUUUUCCUGGUCAUCUUGGUUUCCUUCAUAAAUUAUCUGGUGGGGACGGUGAUCCCGGCUACUGCCGAGAAGCAAUCAAAGGGCUUCUUCAGCUAUCGAGCUGACAUCUUUGCCCAGAACUUCGUGCCCAACUGGCGCGGACCCGAAGGCUCCUUCUUCAGCUUGUUUUCAAUUUUCUUCCCAUCGGCAACCGGCAUCCUGGCUGGGGCCAACAUUUCGGGUGACCUGAAGGAUCCCGCUGUGGCCAUCCCCAAGGGCACCUUGAUGGCCAUCUUCUGGACCACCAUGUCAUACCUGGCACUUUCUGCUACCAUCGGUGCCUGCGUGGUCCGGGACGCCUCGGGCAGCCUGAAUGACAGCGUGGCCGUGGGCUCGCCGGGCUGCGAGGGGCUGGCCUGCGCCUUCGGCUGGAACUUCACCGCCUGUGCCCAGCAGCAGAGCUGCCGAUAUGGGCUCAGCAACUACUACCAGAGCAUGAGCAUGGUGUCCGGAUUCGGCCCCCUCAUCACAGCGGGGAUCUUCGGCGCUACCCUCUCCUCGGCGCUGGCCUGCCUCGUCUCAGCCCCCAAAGUCUUCCAGUGUCUCUGCAGGGACCAGCUCUACCCUCUCAUAGGCUUCUUCGGGAAAGGCUAUGGGAGGAACAGUGAGCCCAUCCGCGGCUACAUGCUCACCUAUGUCAUCGCCGUUGGCUUCAUCCUCAUCGCUGAGCUCAACGCCAUUGCCCCCAUCAUCUCCAACUUCUUCCUCUGCUCCUAUGCCCUCAUCAAUUUCAGCUGCUUCCACGCCUCCAUCACCAACUCCCCAGGCUGGCGACCCUCCUUUCGGUAUUACAGCAAGUGGGCUGCGCUCUUCGGGGCCGCCAUCUCAGUGGUGAUCAUGUUCCUGCUGACCUGGUGGGCAGCCCUCAUUGCCCUUGGCAUCAUCAUCUUCCUCCUGGGAUACGUCCUCUACAAAAAGCCAGAUGUCAACUGGGGCUCCUCCAUGCAGGCCAGCUCAUACAACAUGGCCCUCAACUACUCAGUGGGGCUGAGUGAAGUGGACGAGCACAUCAAGAACUACAGACCACAGUGCCUGGUGCUGACCGGCCCUCCCAAUUUCCGCCCAGCCCUGGUGGACUUCGUGGGGACGUUCACCAAGAACCUCAGCCUGAUGGUCUGUGGCAACGUGCUGAUCGGUCCACGGAAGCUGAAGAUGCCAGAGUCCCGGCUGAUGGCAGACGGCCACACCAAGUGGCUUAUGAAGAGGAAGAUCAAGGCUUUCUAUACAGACGUGGUGGCUGAGGAUCUGAGAAGUGGCGUCCAAAUGCUCAUCCAGGCUGCUGGCCUUGGGAGGAUGAGACCCAACACUCUGGUGCUGGGCUACAAGAGGAACUGGCAGACGGCGUCCCCGCAGAGCCUGGAGGACUACGUGGGCAUCCUGCAUGAUGCCUUUGAUUUCAAGUACGGCAUUUGCUUAAUGAGGAUGAAGGACGGGCUGAACGUUUCCCGAGUGAUGCAGGCUCACGUGAACCCCACAUUCGAGGCAGCUGAGCACUCCAAGGAGAACGGUGCCAGCAGCAGAGCAGCCUUGGGCACAGCGGACCCCACCGCCUUGGCUGGUGAGCAGCAGGCAAACACCGUCUUCCAGAGCGAGCAGGGCAAGAAAACCAUCGAUAUUUACUGGCUCUUCGAUGAUGGAGGUCUCACGCUGCUCAUCCCCUACCUCCUGGGGCGCAAGAAGCGGUGGGGAAAGUGCAAAAUCCGGGUGUUUGUCGGUGGGCAGAUCAACAGGAUGGACGAGGAGAGGAAGGCGAUUGUCUCACUGCUGAGCAAGUUCCGCCUCAGCUUCCACGAGGUCCAUGUCCUCCCUGACAUCAACCAGAAACCCCGACCAGAGCACAUCAAGAGGUUCGACGACCUGAUUGCUCCCUUCAGGCUGAACGACGGCUUUAAAGAUGAGGCCACAGUGGCUGAGAUGAGGCAGGGCUGUCCCUGGAAGAUUUCGGACGAGGAGGUCAAUAAAAACAGAGCCAAGUCACUCCGACAAGUGAGGCUGAAUGAGAUUUUGCUGGAUUACUCGCGGGACGCGGCGCUCAUAGCCAUCACGCUGCCUGUGGGCAGGAAGGGUCGCUGCCCCAGCUCUCUCUACAUGGCCUGGCUGGAGACCCUCUCGCAGGACCUGAGACCCCCUGUCAUCCUCACCCGUGGGAACCAGGAGAACGUGCUGACCUUUUACUGCCAAUAAAGCCCCCGCAGAUCACUGCUGGCUCAGGAUGUGCGUUUUUCAGGCCGGUUUUGACCCCACAGCAGAAUUGCCUCGGGGGGCUGUGGUCACCAGCUCCUGGGAAAUGCCAGUCGCCCACAGCUGCCACUCUCUGACAAAGACUCUUUUCCUGGUUUAAAUCUUUGUAGGUUGUUUAUAGAUAUAAAAUAACGCAAGCCUCAUAGCGUAGGUAUUGCUCCAGCCCUGGGUUUAGCUGGAGCCAUGCAGGUGAGAUGUGGUGUCCCAUCCUGAGAGCAGCAAGGGACAGUGAGACCCUGCCCUUCCAGGGGAGCCCACGUGAUGUGUGGGGACUGACCCACAGCCCCAGCAAAGCCACCCCCGGGGCGAGAACAACCCUGAGGGGUCAGCACCGAGCCCUGGGGCUGUGGGGACCCUGCACCUCCCCUCAGGAAUGGGGACUCCUAUACCCAAUGGCCGAGCAGCAGCAUGAUGUCACCUCAGUCUGCAGUGCCUGGCUGCUGCCACAUGUCCAGCCCUGAUGGAGAGAGACACAAUAAACCCCCAGAACCACAACGUUUCCCAACACAGAUUGCCCAGGGAGGGAGAAACCUGCCCCAUGUGAGGCAGAAGCAAGGCUCACUUCCAAAAGCACAAGCCAGGUCCCCUUGUCAUCCUGCAGCAAAAACACACAACUCCUUUCACCUCGGUUGUUACAGAAUUUACUGAUAAUCACCACCAGGAUUAGAAGUGUCAGUAGAAAAAUAAAAUUUACAGAGUUCUCUAUCUUACAAAGAUUUGUUCACAACAGCUGCGGGCGUUAGUGGGACAGGGAGUCAGGGGGUUCCUCAACCAGCCCUGCAAAGAGGAUGUUUGCACACAGAAAGCAGGGCCAGGAGUCUCAGCUCGGGCAGCGACAUCUCUUCAGGGCAGGUGGCUUCUCUGCACAGUGUUUCCUUGGCCCACACUCCUGGCCAGGGGCUCACAGCACCGCCCAGCCCAGGACACCCUCAGCAUUGACAUUUUUACAAGCUCUUAGCAGCUUCUGACAAGUUUGACUGAGUAAAGUCUACCGACGCCCGCUGCAAACUGAAGUGAUUCCUCUGCUCGCCUCAUUUAGGAUAAAAGAACACAAAGGGAAGACUAAAACGCUGUGGUGAGAGGGGAGGAAUCUGCCAGCAGUGACGGAGCUUGUGCAUCGACUCCAGACUGCUCCUCCUCCCUGUCUGGAGCUGGUUUUACCAGACAGGGAGGGCAGGAAGGCAGCCAGGGCAGCGGAGGAUGCUCUGCGAGUACCGAGGUGGCACAAAGAACUCACCUCCGGCACUAAUACCUGUCCAGACAAGUCAGCAGCUGAUUCUUCACCACUUAUGCAUGAAUUCCCUGAAAAGUUCAAGGCUCCUGGGCACAGAGAGGUACCACUGGCUCCAAGCAUUCAACUUCAAAGCAAUGGCCAAGCUGCCAGCUCUUGAAGCGAAGCAGAUUCCCCUCUCCCCAAAAAAACCCAGACUUUUAGGGGAUGACAAUGGGUAGAAAACAGGUUUUCAGCCUGCUCAGCACUGAGUGGUUUUACUGAGCAUUUUUUUUCAUUUGUUCUGAGCUCUUAACAGCUUGGAUUUGUGUCCUUCCUGUCUUGUUAACUGCAGAACUGGCCUUAUCCUGCACCACACGACACACUGAUAAAGCGCUUUCCCCGUGCAAUCAGCUACUGAAGGACAUCAGGCACCAGGGCAGGGGGAGCUCGGUGGGUGCCCAGGACACUGAUUUCUAACAUCACCUGAAAGGUAAGGUCAGACAUGCCCAGUCUAAGUCCCAAUACAUCCAGGAUAAUUAACAUGAAUGGAACCUGACACUCCGGGAACACACCCUGUCUGCAGCCAUUUGAAACAGGAAGUGGGAAGGGGAAAGACAUCUAGAGAGGUCAUUGUUCCUGCUUUUUCACUGGGGGCAGAAGUGAAGAGGGAGGAGGGGCGCAGCCUUCCCCCGGGGGAUGCCACAGUAAGAAUCACAGAAUGUCCUGAGCUGAGAGGGACCCACAAGGAUCAUCCAGUCCAACUCCUGUCCCUGCACAGGACAACCCCAAAAUUCACACCAGGUGUCUGCAGGUGUUGUUCAUUCGUUUCUUGAACACUGUCAGGCUUGGGGCUGUGACACCUCCCUGGGAGCCUGUUCCAGUGCUCCAGCACCUCUGGGUGAAGAACCUUUUCCUAAUGUCCAACAUGAAACCUCCUCUAAGACCAGCUCUCUACAAGCAGCACAGCACAUGGGGCACUCCAAAGAUCCAGGGUUUAGUAUAUGUUCACUCUGACCUCACACACCUAAGGAGAAGGAUUCACAUUAAAGUCUUUCCUAAAAUGCACAGCUUUAUUCCCUGAAUUUAGGGUAACCUCAGUAAGUGCUCCUGGAAAACACCUCUCGCCAUCAGCCGUCAAGACACCACUCCAGAAAAGUUAGUACAUGGAGAGAAGUUCUUUUUCAUUAUAAACAUAGGGCCCUGUUGAGGGUUGUUUCAGCACAGAGCACAGGGGGUUCAUGGCAGACAACUGGCCUUACGAAAUGUUGCAGGUACAAAAGGUGAGCUGGUUUGGAAACCAGAGUUCAGCAAAAACACUGUCAGGAUGAGU